UCUGAAGAAAAAAGAUCCUCCUAUUUUUCAGGAGGCACUGUUGAUAAUGGCAUGAUGGAUGGAAAUCCUGGUGCUGCAAGCCCAAACCAAAAUGGGUUCAUCAACAAAGUUUUUAAUGCCUCUGCAGAGACAGAGACAUCUACUGGCACAAUGAAGGUUUGUGAGGCUGAACUGUAUUGCUCCUCUGCUGGAGGUCCAGAGCUUCGCAGGGAAACUGAGCACUUUCAAAAGAGGAGCAAAAACACAGGCAUUUGGAGGAUUCUGAACCGGAGAAAAACAUCAGCAGCCUUUGAGAGGAGGCCACAUUCUAUGAUUCUUCUGGGGGAAUCUUCAGUUCCUAAAAUAUCAUUUGUGGACAAAGUGCGCUCGCUUAGGAAAUUGAAGUCUUCUUCAGUGUUUCGACUCAGAGGAAACAAUCUUCCAGACGGCUCAAUUAAUGAAGCUCUGAAGGAUACUGAAGAAGGAGCACUGAGGCAGAGGGACGGCUCAGUGGACAGGGUUUUGAGUAAAAACAAACAUUUUCGCCAUUCCUACAGUGGCCACAUAAAUGACUUUGAUACUUCAUUUGAAGCUGUGGACUUGUCUGACUUUUCAGAAACUGGUAAUGAUGACUGGCUUCAGGACAUCUACUCAGAGCAAAAUGGUGUCCAUGCCCUGGAGAAGUUUACUACUGGCAGGAAGCUACCAGAAAAUGAAGAGCAUCCCCAGAAGCAAUGUCCCCAGGCAGCAAAGCGUACUAAAGGAGCAGAUGUCUGGAGCUACUUUCGAAAGUUUUCAUUCAUUGGACGAGUAAAUUCUAAGUUUUCAGAGCCAAAGUUUGAUUUUGAGUUUGAAACACUGAACAGGACUAUAGACUCAGACUGCCCUUCUGCCGAGCUUGACUGUGCAGCAGAAGCCUGUUCCUCACAAAGAGAUUCACGGACGGAGAGUAAAGGUGGCCACUUUGGAGGACUAUUUAAGUUUUUUAGUAACAUAGCACAAACAGCUAGAAAAUGGAGGAAUCCUUCUCACUCUUUCUCACCAGCAGGAGCAGUCCCUUUGGGGACCCCCAGAUCCCACCGUCCUGCAGCAGCUACUCGCAGCCUUAAUUUGCAUUUCUCUAAUUUGGAGAGUGGUAUAUCUGAACCAGUUUCUUCAAUAACAGGAGAGCCUUACUUACGGACUGUGAAGUCAGGUCUGAGCCAUCAAGCAUCGCCAGGUCCUCUCUGUCAGUAUUCAAAAAUGGAUGCAAUUCCUGAAAGACUUUCAGCAGCCUUAAAUAGGUGUGAUCCUUUAUCUGUAACCAAAGUGGAAGCUGAUUUGCAGGAUUCACAAAUUUUAGUGGAGCAGGCACCUAGGAGUCAGUGCGAGUCAGACAUCUGCGGACGUAGCACUGAUGAAUUAUGUGUUGAACAAUUUGCUGAGUUGGAGGAACAGUAUCAUACAGAACAUAAUUAUGUGGAGAAGGAGUGCAAGAACCACCAAAAUCUGUCAGAUUCCAGUAGCAGCCAGUCUAAAGUGACGUCUCCUAAAUUGAGCAUUCAUCAUCAAACCUCUGCCUGCUCAACAAAAUUGAAGUCGCCUUGCCAGAUUUCAGAGAAGAGUGCUCUUCUGAUGAUGAAUUUACAAAUUAUUGAUCACGAAAGUGCUACAUGUAUUCCUGUGAAAGAGCUACCCUCCCAAAAGCAGCGGUUCAAACACCGGUCCAUUACGCGCCAGAGACCCUACUCUGUGAUUGACAGAUCUGCAAAAGAAAAGGCAAUGGUUCAUCACCCAUCUCGACCGCGUUCUCGGCCACCAGGCAUCUGCCCUCAUGAUUCAGCAUUUAAAACACCUCUGCAGAGAUGUCAUUCCUUGCCCUUGUCCCAGAGUGCGCCUACAGGACUUGAUGAGAUAGGACGAAGGAAACACCUUUUGCCCAAACCAGCAGAAGUCACGCUGAGCUCCGGACUUGUGACACCCCGCACAAGAGAGGAAGGAGCAGAGGGAGGUACAACCAGUCAAAGACUAUUAAAAUUGGGACCAGCACCACUUGAAGACAGCAAGCUGAUCACUGGUGGUUCUAUCGUCAGUGCAGAGGCAGUAUGGGAUCACGUCACCAUGGCCGACCGGGAGUUGGCGUUUAAAGCUGGCGACGUCAUCAAGGUCCUAGAUGCAUCCAAUAAGGACUGGUGGUGGGGACAGAUUGACGAUGAAGAAGGAUGGUUUCCAGCCAGUUUUGUAAGACUAUGGGUAAACCAAGAAGAUGGUGUGGAGGCUGUGGAAGGGGCCAGCGAAGUCCAGAAUGGUCAUCUGGACCCCACCAACGACUGCCUGUGCCUUGGCAGACCCCUCCAAAACAGAGACCAGAUGAGAGCCAAUGUGAUCAAUGAAAUUAUGAGCACAGAGAGGCACUACAUCAAACACUUGAAGGACAUCUGUGAGGGUUACCUGAAGCAGUGCCGCAAACGUCGGGACAUGUUCAAUGAUGAUCAACUUAAAGUAAUCUUUGGAAAUAUUGAGGACAUUUAUAGAUUUCAGAUGGGCUUUGUCAGGGAUUUGGAGAAGCAGUAUAACACAGAGGAGCCUCACCUCAGUGAAAUUGGGCCCUGCUUCUUAGAACACCAAGAUGGAUUCUGGAUUUACUCAGAAUAUUGUAACAAUCACCUGGACGCCUGCAUGGAGCUCUCUAAGCUCAUGAAGGAUGGCAGGUACCAGCACUUUUUUGAAGCCUGUCGGCUGUUGCAGCAGAUGAUUGACAUUGCCAUAGAUGGCUUCCUGCUCACACCAGUUCAGAAGAUCUGCAAAUACCCGCUGCAGCUGGCAGAGCUUUUAAAGUACACUGCUCAGGACCACAGUGAUUACAGGUAUGUUGCUGCUGCCCUAGCAGUCAUGAGAAAUGUCACACAACAAAUCAAUGAGAGGAAGAGGAGGCUGGAAAAUAUUGACAAGAUUGCACAGUGGCAGGCAUCAGUUCUUGACUGGGAGGGAGAUGACAUUCUGGACCGCAGCUCAGAGCUAAUAUACACUGGAGAGAUGUCCUGGAUUUAUCAGCCCUAUGGCCGAAACCAGCAGAGAGUCUUCUUUCUGUUUGAUCACCAGAUGGUUCUCUGUAAAAAAGAUCUUAUCCGUAGGGAUAUUCUCUACUACAAAGGCCGGAUCGACAUGGACAGAUAUGAAGUGAUAGAUACAGAUGAUGGUCGAGAUGAUGACUUCAAUGUGAGUGUGAAGAAUGCAUUCAAACUGCACAACAAGGAAACAGAGGAAAUCCACUUGUUCUUUGCCAAAAAGCUGGAAGAGAAGAUUCGGUGGCUUAGAGCCUUUCACGAGGAACGCAAAAUGGUUCAGGAAGAUGAAAAAAUAGGGUUUGAAAUUUCUGAAUAUCAGAAGCGGCAGGCGGCCAUGACAGUGAGAAAAGUUAGUAAGCAGAAAGGUGCUGGUCAGACAAGAUCCAUGCCCCCCUCUUAUCCCCCACCCCAGGAUCCACUGAAUCAGGGACAGUUCCCAGUGACUGAUGGGAUGGCCCAGUCACAGGCUUUGGCCUUGAGAAAACUGAACAACAGCAGCAACAGGACCCUCCAACUGCAUCCUUCUUGUAAGAGGGACAACUGUGUCAACACGUAGGAAAUAAAAACAAACAAAAAAAAAAA